UUAGACUAGACAUGACCAUUUUUGUCUUUUUUACGUAAUGUAGACAGAAGCACAGGAAAACACAGUGUCAUCUUACUGGCUAUUGCUUCUUAUUAAAUUAUAUUAGAGCCCUUCAAGCACAAGAAUAUAGCUCUCUACUGAAAAACAGACUUGGAAUCGCAAAUAGAUAUGAUUGUAACCCUAAAUACUCUCCUUUCCUGCGCAUUCCUAAUUGUUUCCUCAAAAACAGAAAUACUACUCAAUGAAAGAAGAUUCUUACUACAUGUGGAACAGAAAAACCCUAAAUUCGAAACGGGCACUUUUAAACCUAAAAAUAAUUUUCAAACUGUAUAUAACAAUCAAAUUGCAUACAAGAAACAUCGUAAUCAAAGAGAUGUCGUAACCACACCACACCUGUUUGCUACCCCUGUGUAUCCGGUCUAUAUAAAAGGAGAAGCUAUUACCCUCGAGUGUUCUGUUCCUCCAAAGAAAAUCUACAAACAUUUUGAAUUUUAUAAGAAUUUUGCUUGGAUUCCCUCUAAUAACACCUUCACAUAUCACAUCCCAAGUCUGGAUUACAGUCAUGCAGGGAAGUUUACCUGUGAAUACUGGGAUGGCAGCUAUAGCUCAACAAGAAGUAAUGCUGUGCACAUGAUCAUUUUGGAUGCGCAUCCACCACCACCUACUCUCUAUGUUCGGAAUGCACAGUCUGUAUAUGUCAGGGGGCAAUCAAUCACAAUGGUGUGUUCUCUUCCACAUAACAGUACUCUGGUAAAAAGAAUACAAUAUGUUAAAGACAAAAUAGAAAUUGACAGUAAGGAAACAGAUAAGAAGAGAGGACGAUAUGUAAUAUCCAGGUUUACACCAGAGGAUGCCGGGGAGUACAUUUGUGCCUACUGGGUUGAAAUAUUAGGAAGAGAGGUAUCAUCAGUUCACAGUAAUACAGUGCUUAUUGAAAUGGAAGAGCAUCCUGAAUCACCUACUCUGUAUGUGCGUGGACAGCAGUCUGAGUAUGUCAGGGGUCAAUCUAUCACAUUAGGGUGUUAUGUUCCUAUUAUCCGCCCAAUGGUAAAAAGAUUCCGAUAUUUUAAAGAUGGAAAUGAAGUGACUCACAAGAUAACAAACACAGGAACACUUUAUGUAAUAUCCAGUGUAACGCAAGAAGAUGCUGGGGAGUAUAAUUGUGACUACACGGUUGAAAAAUCAGGAAUAGAGAUCCUGUCAUUUCCCAGUAAUUCAGUGAUCAUCAAACUGUCAGGAUCUACCAUACCUACCAUCAUCCCUUCAAAAUCAAAUGCGAGAUCGCCUGUUGUCACAACAACACCAGUGAAUCUCACCACUAAAGGAAAUACCAUACCUACCAUCAUCCUGUCAAAAUCAAAUGAGAGAUCGCCUAUUGUUACAACACCAAUGAAUCUCGCCACUAAAGGAAAUACCAUACCUACCAUCAUCCUGUCAAAAUCAAAUGAGAGAUCGCCUAUUGUUACAACACCAAUGAAUCUCGCCACUAAAGAUAUACCUCACACAGAGGUCACUUGGAUAUAUUACACUGGGGGAUUAAUUUCCAUCACUUUUAUUGGUAUUAUACUUUUUAUUCUGCUUCGCACUCACAAGCUAAGGAGACGUAAGCGUCAAGGCAAAAUUCCUGCCCCCUUGUGGAUCAACAUGGAUGAAAAUAAAACUACUACAUUUUGCCCAAAUUCCACUGAAUUGUUGAACAGAGAAGAGAUGGAAAAGCAACAUGUGUAUGCAGAAAUAGACCUAUCACCACCUUUGAAGAAACCAUCCUCCUCACCAAGACCUCCAGUUUUUAAGGGUUCUUCAGGUCAAGUUUCAAAUUUUCCAGAGUAUUCCAAACUACAGGCACUUCCCCUCCUACAACCUGUUUAUCAUUCUGUAAUUGUGAAUACACAAGCAAAGAAUUAACACACAACAUUUUAUGAAAUUGAAAGUGUAAAUGUGGAAGUAAAGGAUUACUGUGCUGGCAUCUCAAAGCAGCAGGUGUCAGAGACUAUUGUUUUAUGCACUUUUAUGACUGACUCAGAAUAAACUAUGAGUCUACAUUUAUGAGUGUAUUGGUUGUAAAAUUAGUCUGAAAUUAAGCUAUGCUGUUUUUGUUUUGUUAAGAAACAUAAUUGAAUAUUUUUUUAGCACAAAUAUGUUUUAUGUGAGUGCACACAAGUGUAAUUGUAACAAUGUGAAGUCUCAUUGUAAUGAAAAAUAUUCAGUCCCAAGCUUAUAUAAUAUAAACUGGUAAAUUUGCCAAUAAGGGCAUUUCCCCCUAAAAUAUUAUGUCAACAUUUGAUUUUUAGCAUUUAAAUAAUACCUUCCAUGCACCCGCCAACAUCUUGUUCUAUUUUUUUUUUUUUAUUAAUUUAAAAAGUGAGGUUUAUCUCCAACCUGGAGUGCCUCUUUAAUAUAUUAUUACUUUCCACGUAUAGACGCAUAUUCUAAUUCCCCCUCAGACAUUUUCUAGCCUUCUACUUUGACAUAAAUUAUUUCUACUCUUUAUGUAAUGACUCCCAGUAUCAUAAUUUUCAAUAAGUUCCAUAAUGCUCUAUAUUACUUCAAGUCACUGAAGUGGUCAUGGUGCCUGGUCUGUAUUCCGAAAUCAGUUCUUUUUUUGCUGACAAUUGAAAUAAUUUCAUAUUUUAGCAUAAUUUAUUGUAUCGAACCAGGAGUAGAAUAAUUAAUUAACUAUAGCAAUUCCAUGCAUCCUAAGUAAUACAUAAUUAUAUGUUUUAACCUUUUAAAUGCAAGAAGUGUGCCACUCACUCAUUUGUUUGAAAUGUGCUAGUCAAAUUAUUAAACAAAUUAUAUAAA